AAAAAUAGAGAAAAUAAGAGAAGACGAGCCCUUACCAAAAAAUGAAUUAAAGACAUAAUCUUUCUGGUACAAGUUUACACGUUUAAAUUUUUUUAUUUUUAUUUUAUUUACCAAACUAUCCGUUUGUUUGCGCUGUGUCGUCGGGUAACCCCCGUUGCUAAGCAACGGUGGUUAAAACAGGUGCUUUGAGGGCGUCAUUAAAACUUUCAGAUGGUCGAUCCUCUGAAAGAAUCGUCAUAAGUUUUUUUUUCUUCAACGUGGAGAUGAAUUUCACUAACAGCUACUCCACUUAUGAAGUGGCUGACUCCGCUUUUCACCGAAACAUGCCGAGGGCAGGAAAACUGAAACCUAAAGGAGAUCACGUGGCCAGCUGCCUACAAGAAAAUUCAAGGUCCCCAACGCCCCCGGCUGUGAGGAGAGUCCGCAGCAGCAUCCAUCCUGGCCUGGGAGCUGUCAGAGUACACCGAGGGAAGGCCGGUGACCCAGAUGUCGCCAGCAGCCUCAUUCAUGGCGUCUCCACCAAACCGUCUCCUUCUGACCAGAGCUUGUUGAAUCCUCCUCAAAAGACGCUCUUCCAAGAGAAGAUGCUGGAGGUCAAGGAGUCUGUGUACGCUUCCAGAAGGAAAGCUCCGCUGGGUCGCUCACGAGACCAACCAGCUCAGCUUCCUUCCUGGUUUGACGGCACGACCAUAUUUGGUACAAAGACGGUUAAAGGGCUGGAUGUGCGUGAGAUCAUAAACCCUUCUAAAACCGCAGAGGAGAUGGAGACGGACGUUAGAAGCCACAAGGACUAUUUUGUUGGAGGGCGACUCAAUAGAAAAUACGACUCCAGAUGUUUCAGUGACGACUGCAGGUUUGGGAUCCCGACGCCACAUUUCAACGACGGGCGCAUCGUUGGGAAAACCCUCAAAUGGCUCGGAGAGACACAGAAGUUUUAUAAUCCAAACCCCGUUUGGCAGAGAUCUGGUACCAAGGAAAAACUGGCACUGGAGUUUGGAAAAGUUGAGAACAUAAAACUAAAUGCUCCACCGCUUCCAACCGAUCACAUUUUUGGAAUCGUUGUGCCACCAGAUUACACGGGAGCUGGAGAAAUAAUCCACUGCGCAGAGCCGGGUCAGUACACCAGAGGUCGUGACAGCUGGAGUGGUCAGGUCCAAGCCCUGAGACACCACCUCAGGAAUCUCAACUUCCAGAACUUUCCCUCUUUGAUGAAGGCCUUCCAACAUUAUGACAAGAAAGGAAAGGAAAUGAUCGACAAGGACGACCUGAAGGCGGUCUUCCGUGAGUUCCAGCUGGAUGUGAAGGAAGCGGUUGUGGAUCAGCUCCUGGCCUACUGUGACGCAGACAAAGACGGACUUCUCAGCUUCACAGAGUUUGCUAACUUCCUCAACUGGAAGGACCUGAUGCCCCUUCACAGCCAGAAGCUGCGCGGUCAGCGGAAAGAACAUCAGUCCUGCCCAUCAGAACCAGCACAGCAGCUUCUCUUUCAGGCCUCGAUCAAGCCUGAAGAUCCGGAGCCAGUUAGACCCGGCAGCACCGAGAAGCCCAUCAAAACACUGACAAGAACAAGCGCAGCUCCAGACCAGUUUAUGACCUCCUCCUCUCUCACCGGGGCUGUCAGUCACACAUCAAAUAGCCGCACAUCCGGCGUCCCAUCUGUUCGCUCCGAUCUUCCAGCUCCACGCCUCAAGAGGAUGGGCGACACCACAAACUACGGAGACUCGUCCACAGCAGCAGAUCUUCUACAUCCAUCAGUUCACGCCCUCAGAGGAGUUCAUGAGGAGCACUUCCUCUGUCCUCGCUCCAAGGAGGAGAUUUCAGAGAUCUUCAGGAAUGUUGGUGUGGACAUUUCAGAGAAGACAUUUGAGGAAGCCUGGACGCUGGCGUCCAUGAAACGUCCAAACAGGGAGGUUUGUGUGGAGACUUUUCGUAACACACUAAAGGAAAUAAAAGCAAUGUAACGUCAGCGUAUUUUCUCUUUAUCGGAUAUUUCUCCAUUUUUAAGUUUAAUGAAAGCAAAUGAAGUCAGAAAUCCACAAAGAAAAACACAUUUUCAUAGAAUAAUCUCUAAUUUGUCAGAUGGAUCUUUAUGGGGAACGUCGCAGCCUGUUCCUGAAUUAAGUGCCUUCAAUGAUAGGAGUUAUGAAUAAGUAUGAGUGUCGAAGAUCAUAACUCUGGUAUUUUUUUUAUAACGUAAAGUUCAUGACAAUAAAUUUACCUUGAAUAAUUACGUAAAUCUUUAACUAAACAUCAUUUUUGUCUAUUUUUGUUCUUGCAUGUUGAAAAUGGGGAGCAUGGAUGCAUUUAGUUUUUGUUCUUGUCAAAAAAUAAAAUAAAUAUUUUUAU